UUUGUGAUUUAUGACAAUGCUAUUGAAUGAUUUACCUGAAGAUUUUUUAUCGCAUAUAUUUGAUUAUAUUGAUUGUGUUGAACAACUUUUAGAUUUGACGACAGGCAAGAGACUAUUUCUAAUUGUUGAAAAAUUCAAUUAAAACUCAUUCUUUUUACAUUUUGAUGGACAGUCUGCAGUUUAUGGAACAAUUUGGUUAGAAGAAGACUGGAAAAAGUUCAAUAUUUACAUUUGGAAGAAUCUGAUGCGACUCAUUAUAUUGACUCUAGGAAAUAUUCAUCUUACAAUCAUAUCUACACCAAUGACAUUGCACUACUUGGAAGAGUAAAUGUUUCUAAACUUUUACCAAAUCUUAAGUUUUUUACAACAAAGCAUUACAAUGGCUGGCAGUGUAUGUGCUGGGCUGUGAUCAAUGUUUUAUCAACUUCGAACACGUUGAUUGGAUUGAAGGGUCAAACGCCAUGUUACGGGAGUGAAGCUCAAGUUUGCGUUCGUGGUGUUUACAUUGAUGAAAUAGUGCAACAUUGUGGUAAUUUAAAGUAUCUUUCGUCGACAUCGGAAUCUUUUAUUCGGAGUUUUUUCUUCUCAUUUGGAGACAAUUUGAAACACUUUGAAGCUCGAGUAGAUCUCUCUAAAUUUUCUAUGUACCCUGGGCACAGGCCUACCGAUUCUUUUACAAGAAUAUUGGCGAAAAUGCCAAAUCUUGAAACUUUGUCUUUGUCAAAUGAACCUAAAAUCGAACCUCCUAAAUGGCCUACACCGAAAAUGAAACAGCUCAAAAUUGUGAAUCUUUACAUGGGAUCUUCAAAUCUUAAAGUUUUAUCUCUUUUCCCCGAAUUACCAAGUCUCUACUUGCGAAUUGAUAUGUUAAAAGAAGUCCAAACUUUGCCUACUUCCGAUAUCCAUCCGAGUGUCCAAGAUUUAGUAAUACGAAUCGACAAUUUCUUGAAUGAUUAUCAGUACGAUCGCGAUUUCAAAUACCCACAUUUGUUUAAAAGUAUUUUGGCCAAGUUUCCUAAUGUUAAGAAUCUUAUGAUCGAUGUUGCCUACGAAUGCAUAAGUAAUCAGUUGAUGAUCGAGAUAAUUGAAAUAUUACCCAAGCUGAAUCUAUUUGUUCAAAAUGUAUAUCAACCUUUAGACGAUAGAGAAGAUCCGGAUUACUUUAAUUCAGUCGAUAGACAUUUCAAGACAACUGGUUGCAGAAUUGCUAUCUACUUAUUUAAGAACCGAGGAUUUGGACGAAUCAUUCGGUACUCAUUGAAUGAAGAUGUUGCCAAUCCUUUCAAAACCGAGAACCUAUUCAUCCAUAAGUAUUUCCGCAGUGAAAGACAUUCUUAUCCAUCAAUUUUCUAAUCUGGAAGAAAGAUAAUCAAUGAAUAAACAAAAAGCGAAUAAUUCAUUCCUCCUUUACUCUGUCAACCUUUAAUCCUGAACGCGGAGGUUUCAUUAGAACUAAAAUAUCGCUCGUACCAAGUGCAAAUAGACCUUGAAAAGCGGGUACAAAAUAAACUCCACCAUUAAUAAAUCAAUCAAAAAGUUAAAUUUGAUUUUGUUUGUUCAACUUGAUCAGAAUUAACGUUCGACAUCAGGAUGUAUCAGCCAUAUGCUUUGUCUCAAUUUUGUCAUUUAAUCAUCACAGGAAGUUGAAGGUAAACAUAAUCUUGAUUAACAAUUUAAAUUACUCACUCGCAAAGAUAAUGAUCCCACUCAAGUGUCUCACAGCAAUUGCGGUCAAAUUAGCAUUCGGAGUCAAAUUUCAAAUUUAAUCAUUGAAUUUAAUUUAAUAAAUUCCUUUACAAUUAACAUGAUCUCAAUUUAAUAAAUGGUUUUUUUUCACUUUUUAUUAUUCAUUAUUCAUUAUUUAUCAUCGAUGAAUAAUUUCGUGCAAUUAAAAGGAUAAGAUUUGGAGAGAGUUAAAAUCAAUUAGAAAAUUUAAUUGGCAGAAACUAAAUCUAUAAAUUAACACAAU